ACAUCUACGCAAGUCUCUCCCCUUCUCAGAACUUGCACGCUCAUUCACACCUGUGUCUCACACUCUCCCCCGCGUCCUCAGAAAUCAGAUAUAAAAAGUAGACAGGGAAGCAUUUGUUUUAAGUAGAUUCGAGAACUCGGUAAAGAGGAAUAUGCUGGAGCGGUGCUUAGCGAUUGCCGUGGUUCUGGCGUCGGUAUCCUUGCAGGAAUCCAGCUGCGGAAGCAACCCACAGCACUGGCAGUUCGGCCAUUGGUAUGGGAAGAGGGACCCCACAUACGUCUCCGGAAAACCACUUCCGGAUUCCGGCAUCAUAGGAAAUCCGGAAGAUGCAGACAGGCUCAUCACCAAACUACUACAGCUGGCACAGGAUUCAGUGACGUCGUCAGAACCUGUGCAACACGUACCGAUGGCGUUACCACCAAGGUCGGUGACGUCAGCACAGCGGUACCCCUACAGUGAUGACGAGAUCAACCAACAUGGCCGAGAUCUGUCUGCUAUCGUUGAAGGUCUUUUGCAGUCUGAGUCGCCGUUUUGGAGAGCGGUGGCAGAAGAACUGAUGAAGCAGUCCCUGCUGUUAGAAGGAACUCGGCAGGGGUCGGCGAAGAGGGGCUUCCCAUCCUCUCCAAGAUGGCGGCGGUCAGCUGCCCGUGCAGAGGCACCCUACCAAGAGCCUAUGUUUUACAAAUAGGAUAACCGAUCACAUAAUGUGGCCAGGUUCUCACAUAGAGUGAUAGUCAGAGAAGAGCGUCCUAAAGUUUUGCUGUAACCUGUUUAGCCAGAAAGAGGAAAGUAUUAAACUGAAGUGUUAAAACAGGAGCUUAGUCAGAUAGACCUAGACUCAAGACUAACUCAAGGAUGUGGAUAUGUCAUGUAGACUGAUAUUAGAAGAAGGAUGAUAAGAUUAUCAUAAUUAUAUCCGAUUUGCUUCUUAUACGUAUGGUUCUGGUAUCAAGAGAAGACAUAUAAUACCUGUAACGUACAAUAAUUGAUGGACCAAAUGUUACAACCAAGGAAGUCAAGUUUAAACGUAUUUAGUAUCUUCCUAACGUAAUAGUGAUUUGUUCAAAGCGCUGAUGGUUCUGGUGCCUAAACGCAGUUUAAUUUCCAAGUAUACUGCAAUGAUGGGAUCAACGUUAUGUUUGUCACAAAGAAGUAAAGAAAGACUUCUGAUAUAGUUUUGUUGUCCAUGCAAUGGAAGAACAUAAGAUUGCCCAAUGCAACUUUGUAUCACAGUAGAAUGAAAUAAAUGGCAAAGCUACAAUAUGUAGAUUUAGAGAGGAUGAAAGAUUUUAAAAGAACAUUGCAAGUUGUGUGAGACCUAUAACGUCAAAACAUGGAUAUUUCUCCUGCUUAGUGAAUAUUGUAUAGUUUUGUGUGGAACUAGUGUUGUGUGUAUGCAGUCGUUGUUUCCUCAGAAUUACAUACUUGUUAAUUGUGAUGUAUACGUGAAAUCGGGGAAGAAUCAGCAAGGAAAUAUUCUACAUUAAAAACAUGUAGUCCUGA